GCCUUCUCUUGUUCAUACAUCAAUGUCUGCCUCAAAAGACACUAAAAUUGGAGGAGAGAUAGGCGAAAUAAGAGCCAACAUUGAUGUUAACCAGCUCAAUGCAUACCUUGAAAAGCAUGUCAAGGCUGUUACAACACCCGUGGAUGUCAAGCAGUUUAAGUUUGGGCAGUCCAAUCCGACAUAUUUCUUGACGGACGCUAGGAAUACGCGAUUCGUAUUGCGCAAGAAGCCAGCAGGGAAACUCAUCAGCAAGACAGCACAUCAAAUCGAACGCGAAUAUACCGUCCUCAAGGCUCUUCACACGCACAACUCGCAACCGGAUACUCGUCCUGCGGAUCGCGUCCCCGUUCCCGAACCGAUUGUACUAUGUACAGACGAAAAUGUUAUCGGAACACCGUUCUAUAUUAUGGAGUUCCUUGAAGGGAGGAUUUUCACCUACAUACGAAUGCCGCAGAUCUCUUCGAAGGAUAGGCGAGAAUGCUGGUUAGCAGCUAUUCGUGCCUUAUCCUCCCUCUCUAAACUCGACCCUAAAGCAAUCGGCCUGUCAACAUUCGGUCCCAACACACCCUACUUUCCACGGCAAAUAAGUUCCCUCUCUCGAGUCUCGCUCGCCCAGGCCGAGUCCAUCGAUGUCGAAUCCGGUAAACCAACAGGAAAGAUCCCUGGGUUCGAUGAGAUGAUCAGAUGGUAUUCCGCUCACCUCCCCGACGAAAGUAAAACCGGACUACGUGUAGUUCACGGAGAUUACAAAAUUGAUAACUUAAUUUUCCAUCCCACUGAGAAUAGGGUUAUUGGAAUUCUUGAUUGGGAGUUGAGUACACUUGGCAGCCCGUUAGUGGACCUAGCGAAUCUCCUCAUGCCCUGGUCUGUCAACCCAAACGACAUACCCGACGACGGCGCAGGUUUCGGCCAUUCCCUUCUCACAUUCGAGUCCGGACAAAUACCCGCCUCGAUAGAAGAACUCGAACGCGAAUACUGUUCACUCACUAACCAAAGUUAUCCGGUGGAAGGAAUCGUGUUCGCUCGAAGUUGGAUGGUAUUCCGAUUAUCAAUCAUCUCACAAGGUAUCGCCGCACGCUACGCCCUCCGUCAAGCAAGCUCCGAAAAAGCAAGCAUACACGUCCAACUCUUCCCAUUGUUCGGCGAACUUGCACGAAAGGCUCUCGAACGUGAGGGUAUCGACAUUUCUACUGCGAAUGGUGAUGGGAGAAGUACAACUGCGAAGUCGAGACUUUAAUGAAUAGUAAAACGAAAGUGGAACGGGGACCCUCUUCUCCAGGAUCUUUCUUGCCCGGAUAUUUCUUGACCGGAUAUUUCUUGCAAUUUUGUCAACGUGUUUUCUGUUACCGUUAAUGUGCUGCUUUUGUGUAGAAACCAUAUCUUGC